AUGAGCCAACAAGAACAACAACAUCAAUCAUCAUCGCUGUCCACAAGAACAACCAACAGCGAGGAACAACAGACUGCUGCUUCUGUCGUCCCUGAAGACAAUGGCCCUCCACCAAAGAUUCAAAUGAAACUCCACAUUCUCCAACUCAUCAAACAAAAACAAAAUGAGAAUGGAUUGAAACACUUGGAUUAUGAUUCAUACCGAAGAUAUUGUACCAAGAGAUUGCGCAAGCUUCGAACCUUGUUGGAUAUGAAACACAAAAAGGAGUCUAAAUUCACCCAAACCCCAAAGAAAAAAAAGAAGAAUUUAAAGUCUACCACGAUCAAUGCUCCCUCAACCGCAACGAGUGCUGUUGAGUCAACAAGUUCAACCACUCAGCCAUCAUCAUCAACGACUACUCCUGCGACCAACGCUGUUGUUGUUGAUGGUAUUAAAAACUCUUCUCUCUACUCUCAAAAGAAAAUGAGCGAAAAGAUUGUUGAACGCUACAAGGAAAAGAGAGAAAUUCAAAUCAAAAAAUUAAGAGAACAAGCAUUGAGAAAUCUCAUUCGUGAAAAUGUUGAAAAGCAAAUUCAUGAACAAAAGGAAAAAUUAUUGGCUACAUUUGUGAAAAAGAAGAAAAAGGAAUCUAAAAAGACUGAUAAGAAUCUUCAAUACGAUCCUGAAUUCCUCAGUGAGCUCUAUACUCGCAUCAAUACUAAUCCUACAAUUACUGACGAAGAGAUUGAAGAACAUGUCAAGAAAUUGUUGAACUCUGAGACCAACACUACGUCUGAUGAAAGCAAUUUCAUUGUCAAGGGAGAUGAAAGAUUCCUUCAUUUACUUCUUGUUCAAGCGGAGAGAGCGUGGAGUCAUUCCAGACAUUUGAGAAAUGAAAUGAAACAAUAUCCUGAUAACUCUCGUAUCAAAUUCCAUCAAUUGAAUCGAUUGAAAAAGGCAGUCAAAUGGUCUAAACUCUUAUUAGACUAUUGUAAUGUCUUUUCUGAUGAUCAACAUUCUAUUUUAGAAGCUGAAGCCUAUCACUCGUACAUGUUAGGUUUAUAUUAUUUAGAAAAGGAAGAAUGGGCUGAAGCAUUGAAAUUAUUUAAACAAUCUCAAACCGUCUAUGAUCAACUGUAUAAGGUAUUAACUUCCAUUCCACAACAAGUGAGAGAAGAAUAUAAAAAGCAAGUGAAUGAAAUUGCUGUGAAUUAUAUGAGAUUGUGUGAAUACAAUUUGAAGAAGAUUCAAGGUGGUGAUUUGUUACUUCAACAAUUAGAAUCAAAUUCACAACAAUUAGAUUUGAUUCAACUCAAAUUGAGUCAAGUCAAAGAUGCUGAAGAUAAGAGUUUACCAUCCACUCAACAAAAAGUGGAAUGGGAAGGUGUCAUGUCCAUUAUCAUUCCAAAUGAAAAGAUUAGAGUCAAUUUGGCAAAUGGUAAAGCACUCUUAGACGCAGACUAUAAAACUGUGGAGAGCAAAUUGAGAGCCUUUGACAAAUUGUUUGGAAUUUAUAAUGAUACCAUGAGAAUGAUUCGAGAAGAGAUGAAGAUUCUCUCGAGUGGUGGUAGUGCCACCACUUCUCAAAAACGUGGCAGUGGACAUUCUUCUUCUCACUUCAAUAGUAGCUUUACAAGUUUGAAUGCCACUGAACAAUUGAAUCAAUUGAGAUUCCUUCAUAGUUAUGUGAGUUAUGUGUUAGGAAGCAAGACCAUUGAAAGAAAUGUCAUCAUGUUGCAAUCAUUACUCGAUCGAUUGGAUACCAUUCAACAACAAGUACAAAAAGAAAGAAUUGAAAAGAAACAAAAAACCAAUCCAGUGGAUGUCAUUCGAUUGUUUGAUGGUUUACUUCAAAAUGUGAAUGAUCUCUCUGAUUUGUUGCAAUCAAUUAAUAUUAAUCCUGAGAGUGCUAAAAAGUUACAAACAGAUUUGGAUGAAAAGAAGAAUGUAUUUACUUCCUAUCGAUGUUAUUAUAUGGCUCAUGCAUAUGCUUUACAACACAAAUGGGCUGAAUGUUAUUUAUUAUUAGAAAGAUCGGAACAAUUAUUGAAUCAAUUAAUGUUGAAGAAUUCUUCAACUUUUUCUCUUCCAAAUCCAAAAGAUAUUUUAUCUGAAAUUAGAAAGGCAAAGAUUACAGCAAAAUCACAACAAAUACUCUCCACUAAGAAACGUCAAGGAACUUCAAUUUUAUCUGCCUAUGAUAGUGAUGAUGAAAAGGAGAAGAAACAACAACAACAAGAGGUGAUUAAAUUGAUUAGUGAGAAACCACUCACCUCUCGAAUGGAUCAAUUCAUUAUUCCUUCCAAGACUGUUGUUGAGAAUUUGCAGAGCUAUAGUUUGGUUGAAUUACCACCCAAGUAUCAAUUAAUUCCUAACAAACCAGUGUUCUUUGAUAUUGCCAAUAGUUUGGUUUGUGAAUAUCCAACCGACUUUAUUGAUGAACAAGUGAAGGAAUUAUCCAAGAGUGUUGUAGUUGUUGUGGAAAAACCACCAGAAGAGCCAAAGAAGAAGGGUUGGUUUGGAUUGUGGUGA